AUGUAUUGUGGUGAGGGAAGGCGUGCAGUCCAAAAUCACUUCAGGGUAACGUCUUUACUGAAAAAUCCUGAAGGAAAGUCUGCAGUCCAAUGGAACUCAAGUGAUGACCAAGCGUACCAACCCAAGCAAGAAGAGCCCAGCGAUGAGGUCAGUCGUCUGUCCGCUCGAACUCACUGGCGUGGUGACGUGAAAUGUGCGAUGUCUGAGAACGCGGUAGGUGAACCGAGGAAACUUUAG